AUGAGGGGUUUGACGGUGGCCUUUGUCAGCUUUUUUUAUAUUGUACAUGGUCAAAAACUUUGUCCGGAUGGAAAUGAAGCGUUUGCCAGUAAGAAUGUAAAAAAAUAACUUGGAAAUCUUCGUAUUUUAGCUUGCGAAGGGGUCUGCGACCUCGAUCCAGAAUUAAGUUGCCUUGAUAUUGGAGGAACUUCGUAUUGUUGUAUGUUCUUUUCAAGUUGAUGUUAAGUAUAAUAUAAUAUAAAAAAAAACUUGGUGCUAGGUGACGGAACUUUUCUCACGACAACUCCUACGACUCCAACCACUCCCACGACUCCUACAACACCGACAUCAGCAAGUACGCCUACUACGCCAACAACCCCAACGACCCUAUCGGUUACCCCAUGUCCUAUUCAGACUCAACCGGACACCACAAAGGAUUGUGCGGUGAAAUCUGGGCUGUGCAAGGUCCAGGUAAGAUAAUAUAAAAAUUUUUGAUGAAUAUCGGGGAAAUUGAUAUCACAGUCUGCCAAAACUACGUCAAAUUUGUCUAUUAUACCUUUAAAAACUAAGCUGAAGCUAUUUGGCCAAAGAUUUUGGCUAAUAAUGACCAAUUUUAUAUUACACUUGAGUUCAACUUGACGCAUUGGAUAAAAACUACUAAAAAUAAUCACUUCCCCCACAAUUUCCUAAAAAACAACAAUUAGUUACCCUCGACAAUACAUAAUUUCACGAUUUCAGACCUAUCGAAAUCUAAUGGCAGCUAUGUGUUCACAAACUUGUUGUUUACCACCAGGAACCAAGAAACCUUCCCAGAACAAGCCAACUCAACCCUCGAACAAUCAGAAUUGCGUUGACCCAGAUCCCACAUGCAGUCAGCGGGAAGCGUACUGCUUAGUGAAGGUACCUAAACUUCAGAAACAACAAAUUAAAAACCUUACUUUCUAGUCGUAUCAAAAACUGAUGGAUAAGAAAUGCCCGAAUACCUGUAUCUGCAAAAGAAAGAAAAGCCAAGGCUAA